AUAAUGUAAGAAUAACAUUCAUUAUUCUUUUGCCCUGAAACAGAAGAGAGUGAAAUUAUAAAAGCAAAAACCUUUGAUGUUUAAACAUAAAGAAUAGCUACAAGCUUUUAUUCAUAAUUUUCAGAUGGCACUGACUAGUUUAUGGAUCUUAGACGUAAUAAUUAAUGCAAUUCUGCAUGCUCUUCAUCUAGUUUAUAAUCAUCUCGAACUCUACCAGAUGAAUGUAUGCAACAUAAUUAUUCAAAAUGCUUAGGUACAAAAAGACACUUAAAUUUUAGAUAAUGACAUCUUAUCUGAAGCUGCUAAGCAAUCAUUUAGUUUUGUAUUCAAGACAUAAGAAGAUUGGUUAGAACACUUUGCUUAAAAAUGUGUAACUUUGGAAACAUUUUUCAAAGAAUGUGCUUUCAAUUCAUUGAUAGAAAAGGAAAUUUAAAAUGAAGAUUCUAAUAUAAAAUAAGGCAUUGUAUUAACAAUUGAUUAUUUUACAAAUUUAUUCACUUUUUCCUUAUAUCUAAUAUGGAAAUGGAUUCAAAAUGAAAAUUAAAUGGAUAUGACGAAUUAUGUGUCAUGCUAGAAUUCAAUACCUAUAUUUUUUAAACUCUUAUUUUAGUAUCGCUUUAAUGAGUUAAAGAAUGAUAAGAUCUUUAUUACAUUUAUUGAAUAAUAUCUUUCAACUAUUUUUAAAUUUAAAUUUGAAGAUGAACAAUAAUCAAAACCAUAUUUAGGACUAGGAAUGAGUUAAAAUUCUAAACCUUUUCCUGUACUUAAAGAAAAUGAAGUAUUUCCAUGGCAUCCAGAAGAAGUAGCUAAAAUAUUAAGUACAAUUAAUUAAGCUUUUUAUGCUGAUUUAUAAAUUAAAAAUGUUAUCGUUAAAGGAGGACUUAAAUAAGUAAAAUUAUAUUUUAAACUAGUAUUUUAAAAGAAUUAAUACACUUUCAUAAUAUAUCAUAUAUUCAGUUGUAAAAAGUCCUUGUAAAUACAAAAGAUAAGAAGCUUUAUCAUAUUGGAUUGAUUUAGCUGAACGACUAUAAAUUCAAAAUGAUCUUGAAGGAUUAUUUAUCGUUUUCAAAUAUGGAAUAUAAUUACUGCUGAAAGAUUACAUUUCUACAAUGCCUAUCUUAUUCAAACAUUAAAAUCGGAUUUCAAAAAUUAAUUCAUAUUACGAAUAAUAAAUUAAGGACAAUCUAAAAAAUAUUAAACAAAAUCCAAAAGGCUAUAACAUACCUUCUUUCCAAAAAUAUUAGACUCAUAUUAAGAGAUUGGAAUUGUAAGCUAAAUAAAAUAGAUUAGCUUUUGAAUAAAUAGCUAGCCUUUUAGCAGAAUUAGUGGCUAUUUCAAAAGAAUAAUCAUUAAAAUAAUCUAUUAUGAAUCAUUAAGUAUAUAUUGAAAAUUAUUCUUAGUUAACAUUUUAAGAAUAAUAAAUAGCCAAAUUUCUAACUUAAGGAAUUGAAUAAGAAUUAGAGAAGAACUUAAAAAUCCCUUUAGAAAAAGAAACUUUAGUAUACAUUGAACUCAUUAAGUUGUCAAAAAUUAUGAACUGA